CACACACACUUUAUGCUUCAUUUAUGCCCAAAAUAUUUUCAUGGUCUAUUAAAUGAAGUUUUUUUUUUUAAUUCUUUUAUUAAAUAAAAUUUAUAAACAAAGCAAACAAAAAAAUCUGUCAGUUAACCUAGUUUUUGACAGUUAAUUCAGUUUGGCGAUGCCUACGCCGGUAAGUGCGGCCAGGCAAUGUUUGACUGCGGAAUCGGCUCACGCGCUGGACGAGGCGGUGAGCGUGGCGAGACGAAGGGGACACUCACAAACGACGUCGCUUCACGCGGUCUCUGCCAUCUUUUCCUUGCCUGCGUCGAUCCUACGCGACGCCUGUGCGCGUGCUCGGAGCGCUGCCUACUCGCCUCGUCUUCAAUUCAAGGCACUGGAGCUCUGCCUCAGCGUGUCACUCGACAGAGUCUCGUCCAGUCAACUCAGCGGCGACCCGCCCGUGUCGAAUUCGCUGAUGGCUGCCAUCAAACGCUCUCAAGCAAACCAGAGGCGGCACCCCGACAACUUCCAUUUGUACCACCAAAUAUCUCAGAACCAGAGCGCCAUGUCCUGCAUAAAAGUCGAGCUACAACACUUGGUUCUGUCGAUUCUCGAUGACCCGGUUGUUAGUCGGGUCUUCGGAGAAGCGGGUUUCCGGAGCUCCGAAAUCAAGCUCGCCAUUCUCCGCCCACUGCCGCAGCAGCUCUUCAAAUACCCUCGCUCUAGAAUCCCGCCGCUGUUUCUCUGCAACUUGACCGACAAUCCGGAUCCGGGUCCAAUCCGACGAGGUGCCAGUUUCUCGUUCUCGGGUUUCCCCAAUUUUCUGGAGGGAGACGAGAAUUGUAAGAGAAUUGCAGAGGUUUUGGGGAGGCCUAAGGAAAGGAAUCCUCUGCUUGUGGGUUUAUACGCUCAUGAUGCACUUGCAACCUUCGUUGAUGUCAUUGAAAGAAAGAAGAAUAAUACUUCUAUUUUGCCAAUAGUAUUAUCUGGGUCAUGCGUAAUCUCCAUUGGAAAGGACAUAUCGAAGCUCAUAGAUGAAAAUUCUGACAGGAGGACAGUAGACAUGAAAUUUGAGGAACUGAGUCGGUUAGUGGAUCGGAAUUCGGGUCCUGGAUUGAUAUUAAAUUAUGGGGAUUUGGACUCGUUUUUUAGUUCUGAUAACAAUGGAGCUUCGAGUGGUGAAGUAGUAAACUACAUAGUUGCUCAUUUGACAAGGUUACUGCAACUUCAUAACAAGAUGUGGUUGAUUGGUGCCACAGUAAGCUAUGAGCCUUAUUUGAAGUGUCUGAGUAGGUUUCCUUCUAUAGAGAAAGACUGGGAUAUGCAGGUCCUCCCCAUCAACUCUCUGAAGCCAUCAUUGCCUUCAUCGUAUCCCAAAUCCAGCUUGAUGGGCUCUUUUGUACCUUUUGGCGGGUUCUUUUCAUCCCCUUCCGACUCAAGAUGCUCACUAAGCACAUCAUACCAGUGCCUAAGCCGUUGUCAUCAAUGCGAUGAGAGGUGUGCGCAAGAAGUAAUUUCUAUUUCUAAGGAAGGAACAACCGCUUCUGUGUCAGAUCAUUACCAAUCUAGCUUGUCUUCUUGCUUGCAUAUGGCUGAGAUCAGCACAGACAAGAGAUUGGAUUUGUGCAGAUCAAAGAUGAUGGGAUGGUGUUAAGUACCAAAGUUGCAGGAGCUGAAAGGAAAUGGGAUGAUAUAUGCUGGCGCCUUCAUCACACUCGACCACCUGAGCGAAACAUCAACUCCACCCAGUUUCCAACUGCUGUGGGCUUUCAGGUUGCUGAAGACAAAAUUAAAAAUUGUGAUG